AUGCUGGGCUGGUUCAGUGUUCUCGUGAUUUUUGGAGUUUUCAUCACGCCGAGUGAAGGGGCACAAUUUUCCGCUAACUGGGAGAAAAUAUUCAUUAAUCAUGAAGACGAAAAUCUCCGCGAGUACGAGAAUUUACUUUUAAAAAUUAUGAAGAAUGCUUUUUCUGAAAGUAAAGCUAACGUCGUUCUAGUCAGCGGCGAGUGUCCAAGAUGCAACAGGAUAUUGGAUAUUCUGAUGAAAGGUACGAAGCUGCCGUUAGUAGCAGUGACAGAAUUCCAUCUCGCAAAUUCUCACAAUAGCAGUGAUACGAUUUAUAAAUUCGUAACAAUUGUGGUAAGUAAUUUCGACGAGUUACACCGACAUUUUGAAAAGCUUCGGCUGCAGUACGCAUGGAACCCAAGAGCGAAACACCUGAUCGUGACUGCUGUUGAACCAAGCGCAAAAGAAUUGCAAAUAUUUUUCGAAGAGUGCUGGACCCACAGAGUUCUCAACGUUGGAGUUUCAAUCUACAACCGUUAUGAGGUUUACACGUACAAUCGCUACCUGGGAAAUGCCCCGUUUGAAAAAGUCAACGCGUCAAAUUUAUUUUACGACAAACUUCGAGACAUGAUGGGCCAUCCAGUCCGUACCAAGUAUGUCCCAUUUGUAGGAAGGAACGUACCAAAGUGGAUCCCGGAAGAGCGUAAAUUCGUGUUUGUCGAUGUGGACUGGGCUUACGCCCAGGCGUUUUUGCAAACUGUCAACGCUACCGCAAAAUAUCCCGACCUAUCCAACGAAGAAGUACCUCUGUAUGCAGGCUUCAACUAUCGUUUCGAGCGCUGGAAACAGCGUAAUUUCUUCAGCAACGAAUUGUGGUUCAACGAAAUGCUGGCAAACUUUAUAUUUUUCGAAAGAACUGAACAAGUUUACCCGCUUGGUUUUGACGGCAUCUACGUAAUCGCCCCGAAGAGUGGUUUGAAGUUGCCGAACGUGUUCAGACCUUACCAAAAAAUGAGUUGGCUCGCCAUCGGCAUAAGUCUCGGAGCCUACGGUCUCUACACUUACGUACUUCAUAAGCGGAGAAACAUCACUGCUGACGCGUUUAUGAGCACGUUGGCGACGUUUCUGGGUCAAUACUAUCCCAAAAGGUACCGUCAGCUCGGAAAUAAGGGUCCGAUUAUCGUUUGGUCGUUGUUCUCGAUGCUAGUGAUAAGCGCUUAUCAAGGCGCACUGUACAGUGCAUUAGCAAUUCUGACCUACUACCCAGAAGUAAACACUUUGGAUGAAGUAAUCAGACUCACGAACACGGUAUACGGUUACGAAGAAUUUUACGAGACCGUCAAAGACCAUAUGCCGCCAACCAUCAAGUUGAUUUUGCUAGACCAAAAUACAGACUGGUACAAAUUCAUGAAGCUUCAUCCCGACUAUUUUUAUUUGGGCUCCUUGACGGCCGUCAAACACGGCAUCAUGCGACCGUUGCUGUUAUCUCAGCAGGGAAUUCCACUCUAUCACGGGGUUGAGCAGUGCUUCGUACCAAUGUACACGACGUACUUCACACCGUACGGUUCACCCUACCUGGAUAAGCUGGAUUGGGUCACUCUAGCCUUUAGAGAAGCCGGCCUUCAUCAGUACUGGGAGAAUCAAAUCAGUAUAAACUCUUUGCUGACUGGGUUGACCGUCCCGUUCGACGGGCAGAUCAGAACCAUUAAGAAGUUGUCUUUGAUGACGGAGAUACUUGCUUUUUACAUUUGGGCUGCGGGGCUACUGGUCAGUUUUUGCUGUUUUGUCUACGAGGUAUACUCCAGACGUUGUACGGAAAAGAAGAGUUAA